AUGAUCUGCGGCUCCGACGGUGGUACAGCAGCGGCAAAUCAACAUGCGGCUGCCGCAACAACGGACAACGGAGUCGAGGUCGUAACGGCGGGCCCCACAACGGCAGCGGCAUCAACAGCAUCGUCGGCAGUAACAACAUCAACUGUCGUGGCCGCAACGACAUCAGCACACGAAACGGCAACGGGACAGACAAACGGUGGCGGCGGGGGUAGUGGUGGCGGAAAUGCAACGGUCAUAAGCGGUGGCGAGGUUUUGAAUGUAAGUGCCGCCGAAUUGGCCCAGAUGGUUAGUGGAGCCCAGGGUAAUGUACAAAUUACCACAACCCAGCCAUUGUCGAGGGCCACGCGACGCAUGUUGCGGGGCCAUGCCACCACAAAUGCGGCCGGGGAAAGGGUAUUGCUCAUCAAUUAUAUAUCACCGAAUGCGGCGGGUAACAACAACAACAAUGCCACUAGUCACUCUCAUGCCCAUGCCACUGCUGCCAGUAGUAGUAGUGGCGGUGGUGGGGGUCAUCAGCAGCAGCAACAUCACCACCAACAACAACAUCAUGGCCCGGCUGGUAUCAUUCAAAGCUCAUCAUCGAGUGGUGGCGGUCCAACCACCACCACAACACGUAGAGUCAUUCAAACUCGAUCCCAGCAUCAUGCUGGUGGCCAUGGCAAUGCCAACACCACCACCGUUCGCACAUCAACCGGCUCCACCCCCGUUUCAUUGGCUGGUCUAGGCUCUGAGCAACACCAACAACAACACAUUGCCACCACACAUCAUGCCACAACAAGGACAACAACAACCACAGCCACAUCAGUAUCACCACCUCCAUUGGUUUUUACCACAACCACCCAUCACAGUGCCGAAGAGCUGCAGCAUCAUGAGCUACACGAAACCCAAACCCAGGCCACAUCAGCGGACAUGGAUGAUGAAGAUCUCCUCGAAUAUAGUACCAGUAAUGUUGAUCAAGUUGUUGAAGCAGCCAUGUCCGUUGAAGAUGCCGAAGAUGUGGAAGAAGUUGUCGAAACGCAUCACAUCCAACAGCUGCAUACCGUGCAACUGCAGACCUCAGCUACGGGGGAGUGUCUCGACGACGAGGGUGAAGUGGAAGAGGUGUAUUUGCAAUAG